AUGGCCCGGGGGUUCUUCACUUUGGCAUUCAGGGUCCUCACUUUGGUGGGCAGGCUCAUUAUUGUAUUGGUAUUUAAACUAUUAGCGACCUUGGUAUCUUCAAAUUCCAAACAGCCCCUUGCCGAUAUGGCUUCCGCCAGCGGCACUCAAGGCACCCGGGCCGAAAAGAAGACGAUGCGUGCCGUCGUCUGGGAGGGCAAGCCCUACGAGAUGGCCGUUCGUGACGUCCCUCGACCCGAGAUUAUCCAGAGUCAAGAUGCUAUUGUGCGCAUCACUACCGCUGCCAUCUGCGGAACGGACCUACACACCUACCACGGCACCUUCGGAAGUGCGACUCCACCCUGGUCCAUGGGCCAUGAGGCCGUUGGCGUCAUUGUUGAGGUGGGCCAGUCCAUAGAGCACUUCAAGGUCGGAAACCGAGUUAUCGUCCCCUUUUCAUCCGACUGCGGUUUCUUGUCCGUGGAACAGCGGUUCGAAGAUCAGGGGGCGUUCUACGGCGAAGGGUCCGACUUUGGGUCGGAGGGGGGAGCACAGGCCGAGUACCUGCGCGUCCCGUUUGCCGACGACUCACUCGUCGCCAUCCCCGACGACUUCUCCUCCGACCUCGACUGGCUCUUCCUGUCGGACGUCUUCGUCACGGCGUGGACGGGACUGGAUUACGCGCACUUCCAAGCUGGCGAUGCAGUGGCGGUCUUUGGCGCUGGGCCCAUCGGCCUGAUGUGCGCGUACUCCGCCAUCCUCCGCGGCGCAUCGAAGGUCUACGCGAUCGACCACGUCCGCGACCGGCUGGACAAGGCGGCCUCCAUCGGUGCCAUCCCCAUCGACUUCUCGUCCGAGGCCGGGACGGCGAGCGAGCAGAUCUUGCGCCGCGAACCGCUCGGAGUCGAGCGUAGCGUCGAGUGCGUCGGGCAGGAAUGCCUCAACCAUGAUCUCAAACCGGAGCAGAACUAUGUUAUUCAGGAGACGAUUCGGGUGACUAAGUACAACGGCGGGAUUGGAAUCCUGGGGUUGUACAUAGCUUUGGGGAAAUCGGAGGGGACGCCGCGCGGUGAGUUGAUGGACAAAGAGCUAUCCAUCUCCAUCCCGGCGAUGUUUCGGAAGAACCUGUCGAUUGGGUCCGGCCCCGUGAACGUGUCGCUGUAUGAGGUCAUGCCCAGGGUGUUUGAGCUGGUUAAGAGCGGAAGGGCAAAGCUGAGCUGGAUCGUGACAUCCCAGGUUGGGAUUGAGGAUGCCCCCAAGGCGUAUGACCGGUUCGACAAGAAGCUGGAGAUCAAGGUGGUCAUUCGGUUCCCCUGGGUGAGGGAGCAACCGGUUCAAGUCUCAUCCGAACCGGUGGCGGAGGUGGAGACUGCUGGGGAAGAGGGUAGCAGGUCUGAGGAGAAAUCGCCGGUCAAGAUUUCGAGUGGCCGGAAGAAACCCCGAAGACCCUCGCAGUCGUAA